AUGGACACAGCCAGCCUCGUCAAGCGCGGCAAUCGUGCCCUCGAAGUCAAUCCACCCAACGCAGACAUCCACUUGGGUCGAUGGGGAAGUGAUUGGGGCUGGGUCAUGUUCUGCAUCAUGGGCGCUUCCACCCUCGGCCUUCUCGCGUGGUCCUUCAGGAUGCGUAGAAAGAGGAGGGCCUUCCACUACCUUCUUGCUGCUGCGCUCGCCGUCUCGACCGUCUCGUGGUAUUCCCAAGCCAGCGAUCUUGGAUCCACCCCCAUCACGGCGCAGUUCCUGCAUCACAGUGCGCGCGGCAGCGGCGUUGGCGGCUACCCGACCCGUCAGAUCUGGUACAGUCGCUAUGUCGACUGGACGCUCACUACCACGCUUCUGCUGCUCAGCCUGCUCCUCAUCACGGGCUUGCCCUUGUCCAUCAUCUUUGUCACGCUCUUCUUCAACGUCCUCAUGGUCGUCUGCGGUCUUCUGGGUGCCCUCACCCGUACUCGUUAUAAGUGGGGCUACUUUGUCUUUGCUUGCGCUGCACUUGGCUACGUAUUGUACCACGUCUUCGCGUCCGGUCUGCGAUCUGCUCGACGACUCGGCAAAGACUUUGGACGUACCUACCUGUAUGCUUCGGUAUUGUUGGGCAUCAUCUGGCCCAUGUAUGCUGUAUGCUGGGGUUUGAGCGAAGGUGGCAACGUGAUCGGCAUCAGCGCCGAGUUCCUCUUCUACGGCAUCUUGGACAUCUUCUCGAAGCCCGUCUUUGCGUUCCUUCUUCUCAGCAUGCUACGCAGGUGCGACUACGGAGCUCUUCGCCUUCGAUCGGGUAAACGGUCCGAAGAGGACAGCGACCUUCACGAGCCACGACGUGGCCUCGUAGAGAAGGAUCACGAGCGCAUCGGUUCGGCUGACCACCACCAUAUCGGCGGCGCCAACACCAACGCUCAUGCCGGUCUGCAGGGACCCGCCAACAGCACGUUGCCUCAUGGCGCCCAGCACACGACGAUGUCUCCCGCUCCCUGA